UCCCUUUCCAUGUCUUUCGUGACAAUCUGUUCAUCCUCCUCCGUCUUUGGCUUCCUUUCUCUCCUGAGAAACCAUGAAGCGGAUGGCUGCUCUCAAGCUCCUCGCUUUCCCCCUCCUACUCCUGAUCGCCUCCCUUCUUCUCUUCUGCUCGCCCUCUCUUCUCGGGGACUGGGACGAUGCGGGCUCUUGGAAGGCCCCCUUCCGUCCCGUGGAUCUGCUCCCCCUCCUCCCCCACAGGGCGGCGUGGCCCGUCCUCCGCUCCCUCCGCAGCGCCGUUGACCUCCUCCCCACCUUCGUGGGUGCGGCCUCCUCCGCCGAGGAUGACCUCGAGUGGAAAGGCGCGUGCUUUUACAAGACCACCGCGUGGAUGGAGUUCCACAACAAGAGCCAGUCCCAAUUCGGUGGCGGCACGCUCCAUAUCAAGACUAACAAUGCCCAUAGUUGGACAUGCAUGGAUCUUUAUGUCUUUGCCACUCCCUACCGCGUGACAUGGGAUUACUACUUAUUGUCACGGGAACAUACUCUUGAUUUUCAUGAGUGGGAGGGAGAAGCUGAAUAUGAAUAUGUAAAACAUAAUGGUGUGUCAAUUUUUCUUAUGGAAUCUGGGAUGAUUGGAACUCUUCGGGCCAUGUGGGAUGUUUUUCCUUUAUUUACAAAUACUGGAUGGGGUGAAAGCUCAAAUCUUGCUUUCCUGAAAAAGCAUAUGGGGGCUACAUUUGAGGAACGACCCCAACCAUGGAUUUCAAGUAUCAAUACCGAUGAUAUUCACUCAGGGGACUUCUUGGCUAUAUCAAAGAUCCGUGGCCGUUGGGGUGGCUUUGAGACUUUAGAAAAGUGGGUCACUGGGGCCUAUGCUGGUCAUACUGCAGUUUGCCUAAGGGAUUCUGAAGGAAAACUUUGGGUUGGCGAGUCAGGCAAUGAGAAUGACAAGGGAGAAGAUGUAAUAGCUAUUCUACCAUGGGAGGAAUGGUGGGAGUUUGAGCUUACCAAAGAUGAUUCAAAUCCACAUAUUUCAUUGCUUCCUCUUCAUCCAGAUGUGAGAGCAAAAUUUAAUAAUACUGCAGCUUGGGAGUAUGGAAAAAGCAUGUUAGAUAAGCCUUAUGGUUAUCAUAAUAUGAUCUUCAGUUGGAUAGAUACUAUAAGCGAUAACUAUCCACCGCCCCUAGAUUCACAUGUGGUGGCUUCUGUGAUGACAAUGUGGAAUAAGAUCCAGCCAGCCUAUGCUGCAAAUAUGUGGAAUGAAGCCCUGAACAAGCGACUUGGAACCCAGGGUCUCGAUCUGCCUGAAAUUAUUGUUGAAGCAGAAAAGAAUGGAACAUCCUUUGAUAACUUGUUGACAAUUCCUGAACAAGACGAUUGGGUCUACACCGAUGGGAAAUCAACCUCAUGUGUGGCUUUCAUUCUUGAAAUGUACAAGGCAGCAGGAUUGUUUGGUUCAAAUGCCAGCUCCAUUCAAGUUACCGAGUUUACCAUCAAAGAUGCCUAUACCCUCAACUUUUUCGAGAGCAACUCGAGCCGUCUGCCAAAGUGGUGUAACAAAGAUGACAACGUGAAGCUUCCUUACUGUCAAAUCAAGGGUAGAUAUCGAAUGGAGUUACCAGGUUACAAUACCAUGCAGCCAUACCCACACAUGAACGAAAACUGCGCCUCCCUGCCACCAUAUUAUUCCAGGACCAAGGACUGCUGAAACUGCUUCUCAUCUCACCACACGUCGACGGGCCUAUGCUACCUUCUCUGCUGUUAUUUCAUGUUCUUCCUACUUGUAUAUAUAGGAGUGGCAUGCAGGUCAAUUGAUGAAGUACUGGAAAAGACUGUAUAGUAAAGCCUGAUUGCUCCUGUUGGAAAUUGUUGUUUAGUGGUAAAGACGGCGAGUAAUUAUGGCUGUGUAUAAAUUGAUAAAAGCUAUGGUUAAAUGCAGAUCGAAUCUAAGAACAUAUAUUGUUGUUGUGCA